UAUACUUUCAAAAAUGGCAGCCUCCAUGUAGAAUAUUUGUUUAUAGUUUAUUUGUUAUGACUCCACACUUUACUCAACAAAAAAUAUGUACAAAAUGAGUUGGUGUCAAAGUAGACAUCUGUGGAACCUAGCAUAUACAAGUUUAAAAUCUGAUGUGUUCAGCAGCUGCCAGCAUAAACAAGUUUGCAAUCUUCUGUUACUCAGUGGGAUAAAAAGACCAACACAUUUAUUCAAAGCUGAUAUUCAUCUACAUAAGGUGGUUUAUAACAAUAAGAGUCAGGCUGAUUCUGAGUCAUUGGGCGGCUGCAACCAAGAUGUCAGUAUUGAUGAGGAUUUGGGAAUUGAGGAAGGAGAGCGAUUAAUUGGUAAAACACAUGAUUUACAGAAAUACCUGAUGGUUCUCAAACCAGACUCACCGCCAGGGUCAAAAUUAUUACGAGUGGCCAUCAUAGGUAAACCAAAUUGUGGCAAAUCAACAUUGACAAAUGCCUUACUGGGAUGGAGGGUGACGUCUGUCUCAGACAAAGUGCACACAACUCGCAAGAAUACUCUAGCUGUCUUCACAGAGAAUCAGACACAGAUAGUUUAUCUUGACACACCUGGAAUUUUACGACCAGGGAGCAGGAAAAAACACAAUUUAGAAAAGUCUUUAGAAAUUGAUCCAGUUCGUAGUCUGGCAGCCGCAGAUCUUGUUACUGUGAUGGUGGAUGUAUCAAACCCUAGUAUGGCACAUGCACUGGAUCAACAGCUUCUACAAAUUCUUUAUCUGUACCGGCAUAUCCCAGCUGUUCUAGUCCUCAACAAAUUGGAUUUGAUAAAAGACAGAAAAGAACUGCUGCAGAUGGUUCGUCUUCUGACAGAUGGUAUAGUCAACGGAGAUUACCUGGCAAAGGAAAGCCCAACAAAAAGCAUUAAGAAACGAGAUCUUUUUGAUGCGGCUGAUAAAUCCUUAGGUAACUCUGGGAAUAAAAAUAAAGAAAUUACAACAGAGUCUAGGGACUCUAAGAAAGCAGUUCUCCCAGCUAACCUGUCUGUAUCAGCGGGUGACAUUGUCAAAGAGGAUGACCUGGAGUGGACUGAAUAUUUUGACAAGCUGAAACGGGCCAACAGAGUAGUCAGGGACAUGAAGGGCUGGCCCUUGUUUAAGGAAGUUUUUGUCUUAUCUUCAUUGAAAGGGGAGGGUAUUCAAGAACUUAAGGACUACCUGAUGGAUUCAGCCACAGAGCGGCCCUGGGACUACCACAGCAGUCUGAUCACAGACCAGGACCCUCACGAAGUUGUGCUCAUGUGCAUCCGGGAAAAACUCUUAAACAAUCUGCGCAAUGAAGUCCCUUACCAGCUUCGUUUAGAUGUUGUGUUGAUGGCUGUAGAUCCUGAGGACGGACUACUCAACAUUGUUGUCAACGUUAACUGUGAGACUGAAAGACAGCUGACUAUAUUUUUGGGAUCCAAUGGACAAAUGAUACAAACCAUAUCAAGCCAGGCUAAGCAAGCCAUUAUGGACUCUUUCAGAUGUGACGUCAGACUCAAGCUUGUGGGCAUAUUGAGGAGGAAGCAAAAAAACUAAAAUUCUAUUCACACUUAUAUUUGUGAUACACCUACAUUUUUUUUUGUACAAAUUAUUUUUAAGUGUAAACAUUAAAAUAUUAGUCCAGUUAA